AUGGCAGGUCCUCCCAGAGAUGCCCUGGAAUUUCCAGACUCCAAUCGCGUUUUCCUGGAACCUCACCUCCCACCCAAGAAUGGAGAAGAAACAGACAAUGGCAAGCCCAACCUGCCCUUCACCACCCUCACAUUCGCAACAUCACUGGACUCGUCACUGGCCGCCGCACCAGGCACUCGCACAGUUCUCUCAGGACCCCAGUCUAAAGCAAUGACGCACUACCUCCGCUCCCGACACGAUGCCAUUCUAAUCGGCGUCGGGACAGCAGUUGCAGACGACCCGGGCUUGAACUGUCGGAUCCAAGGCGUGGGUGGGUACGGCGGCGACGGUCUAUCAGGACAGCCCAGGCCGAUUGUGAUCGAUCCACGCGCGAAGUGGGAUUUCACGGAGGAGUCCAAAAUCUUCACGCUCGCUAGAGAAGGCCAAGGACGUGCACCGUACAUCAUUACCGGAUUGCAAUCGCCCCCGUCGGCGAAGAGGGAGUUGUUGGAGAAGUACGGCGGGAAGUUCAUCACGCUUGAUAUGGUGACUGCGGCGACAGAUCAGUCCGCCAGGCUCGAUUGGAAUACGCUACUUGAGCGUCUUAAGAAAGAAGGUCUCAACUCGGUUAUGAUUGAGGGAGGCGGGACGGUCAUCAACUCCCUCCUGGAAACGGCAUACCAGUCACUCAUUGAUUCGGUGAUUAUUACGAUUGCUCCGACAUGGCUGGGUCAGGGUGGUGUGGUGGUUUCGCCGAAACGAGGCGUUGACGAGAGUGGUGUGGCUAUUCCAACUCCACGUUUGACGGGCGUCAAGUGGUAUCCGUUUGGAGAAGAUGUGGUUCUCUGUGGGAAGAUCAAGCCUUGA